ACGUGCCAGUCACGUGUCAGCCCCUGUGAGAGCGACUUUGGUUCACGCGACCCUUCUCAAUGAAUCGCAAAAGUUCUGUUGAACUCUGAGGGGGAAUACACACAGUUAAAUAAAGUUAUGGCUCAUUCAUCCUCAAAGGAACGGGUCCUGCAAUGUCGAUGUGUAUGUCAAGGAAACUUCAAGUAGAAGCAGCCUAUUAAUAAGUGCACUAUCAAAAGGACAGUGUGCACCUAAAAUGUAGGCAUCUCCCAUCUAGCUCUUCGAGCGCAGAACACCAUCGAUAUUUCUUACUAUUGGAGAUCAAGAGGAAAAUACUUCAAAAUCUGAUGGAAGAUUAAGAGUUGUGACUGUAGGUAGGGUGAGUGAGGGGCCACAAUGCAACAAUAAAACUCUGAUCUAAAAGAGAGCAACUGAUCCAGCAGAUUUGUAUAUGGUGCAAGGCUAACCUUGACACAGCUGUAGAUGUAUCUCCCUAUCCAGACACACCAGAGGAUGACGCUACAGUAGACAACAAAUCUUUUGAAUUCUCUCUGCUGCUGCUGCUUUCACCAUGCUACCUAAAGAACACAACAGCGAGCCCAAGGCUGCCAAGCUCAGCCUGUUCAACAGAAAUAACGCCCUGAAUGCUUGUAUGAAGAAAGAGGAGAAUAAAGAGAAGGAGAUUCAUUAUGAGGAUUCCCCAGAUGGUGGCUGGGGCUGGAUGGUUGUACUUCACUGCUUCCUGGUGAAUGUGCUGGUGAUGGGGACCCUGAAGACGUUUGGGAUCUUCUUCGUGACAUUCCAGGAUGAGUUCGGAGGGUCGGCAGAGAGUAUCAGCUGGAUCGGCUCGAUCAUGUCUAGCCUGCGGCUCUCUGGAGGUCCCCUGGCCGCUGUAUCGUGUGCGAAGCUGGGGAACAGAGUGACCUCUAUAGCCGGGGCUGUGCUGGUCAGUGUUGGCUUCCUCAUGAGUGUCUUUGCCACCAGUGUGGUAUUCCUAUACAUCAGCAUGGGGCUGAUUGUGGGCCUGGGCUUUGCACUCCUGUACCAAGCCACCUCUGUUGUCACGGCAACAUAUUUCCGUAAGAGGUUAGCGACGGCAUACUCCAUCGGGCGGUCUGGGAUGGGCUUGACCUUCGCCCUCGCCCCUUUCACUCAGCUGCUGCUGGAUCAGUAUGCCUGGCACGGAGCUCUGCUGAUCCUAGGAGGCCUGAUGUUAAACCUGGUGGCCUCUGGGAUGCUGCUAAGACCCAUCCACAUUAAGCCUGCACCACCCCCUUCCUCAUCCUCAUCUUCAUCCAUCCAAAAAAGCCCUCUGAUAGAUCCAGAGAAGGAGAAGGACCGCCCUCAGAAUGGAUGCUGCUUUAACAGAUCCACAAUGUUAACCAAUGGCAUCACCAAAUCAGACUCUUCUCCUUCCACUCCACAACCCCUGCAUUGGGACACUGAGACCUCAGAGAAGGUCUCCACACAUGGGUUGGGUCAGAGCAACUACAUCCCCCCCCCACCUCCACCAAACCCUGAACUGACCAAGCUGGUACAAAACAGCGUGAACAGGGACGUUCAGGAGGCAUCCCCUCCCACAGCCACCAUAGACAGCCCCAGCCUCAUGGAACAGAACGGUACCAUUAGCCUAAACGGUUCCGCUGUGUUUGGGUUCUCCUCACCUAAUGGUUCUACCACUGUGGAUGAUCACAUCCCACCGGCUGUGAAAAAUAACAGAGUCCUAGACUUCUCCCUGUUGAAGAACCCCUUCUUCUGCAUCUACACUUGGUCCGUGGUAUUCAGCCAGCUGGCUUACUUCAUCCCCUACUUCCACUUGUCUGCCCGGGCCAGGAACCUGGGCAUAGAUGCCAUGGAUGCUUCCUUCAUCAUCUCUGUGGCAGGUAUCACAGAGACUAUAGCCCAGCUAGGCUCUGGUUGGCUAGCGGAUAAGAACCUGUUCCAUAAGUACCACUAUCACAAGGCCUACCUGAUCCUGUGUGGAGUGGUCAACCUGUUUGCCCCACUGGCUAACACCUACAUGCUGCUCAUGGUUUACGCUGUCUUCUUUGCCAUCUUCUGUGGCGGUUACAUGGCACUGCUACUGCCUGUCCUGGUGGAUCUGGUAGGGCAAGAGAAACUCAACAACUCCAUGGGAUUUUCUAUGUUCUUCGUAGGCCUCGGCUGUCUGACAGGACCUCCUCUCGCAGGUUUCCUGUAUGACUACACACAGACCUACGACUGCUCCUUCUACCUAGCGGGGGUGUGUUACCUGCUCUCCUCUGUCUCUCUCUUCCUGGAGCCCGUGGCGAGGAGGUGGCAGAGCAGAAAGAGGAGACGCGAGGCCCGAGAUGUAGACACCAGCCGGAAGACUAACGGCUGCUUCUGCCCUGAGCUUCCUGUCCUAAAGAACAGCAACAACAAUGGCGUCGUCUAGAAGGUAGUUUCACCCCAGCUAGCACAUUUGGUUCCUUGGAAGUUCGUAUGCAAAAUAACCAUAGGGCAAUCACCAUGCCUUAACAAUCACUACGGGAGCAGUAUGCUAGCUGGGGGACAUUACCAUACUCUCCUUCAUUAAGCCUGGAAUCAUGUAGAUGGAGGGAGGACAGGGUUGGCUUCCUGUUCCUAAUAUAUGUCAUUUAGCAGACACUUGAUAAUUAUUCAAAGUGACUUACAGUAAAGUGAGUACAGACAUUUUGGGGAUUUGUGAUCCCAGCGGGUAUCGAACUUGCGACCUUGGCAUUACUAGCACCAUUGCUCUUACUGAGACACACGUAACCAUGUAGAGGGAGGGAGAGCAGAGCUGGCUGCUUCCCCUUUCUCUCUCCUUCCUUAAAACAAGCAUGUGCCAACUGUGCCAGUUACCCAGCUUUUGGGUGGACUGAAAUGACCCUGCUGCUUUGGCGAAAGCCAAGGAAUACCCAACUGACUGUCUGACUGACUGUCUGACUGAGGAGAAAGCCAAGGAAUACCCAACUGACUGACUGUCUGACUGAGGAGAAAGCCAAGGAAUACCCAACUGACUGACUGUCUGACUGAGGAGAAAGCCAGGAAUACCCAACUGACGGACUGUCCGACUGAGGAGAAAGCCAAGGAAUACCCAACUGACUGACUGUCCGACUGAGGAGAAAGCCAAGGAAUACCCAACUGACUGACUGUCUGACUGAGGAGAAAGCCAAGGAAUACCCAACUGAUUGACUGUCUGACUGAGGAGAAAGCCAAGGAAUACCCAACUGACUGUCUGACUGAGGAGAAAGCCAAGGAAUACCCAACUGACUGUCUGACUGAGGAGAAAGCCAAGGAAUACCCAACUGACUGUCUGACUGACUGUCUGACUGACUGUCUGACUGAGGAGAAAGCCAAGGAAUACCCAACUGACUGUCUGACUGAGGAGAAAGCCAAAGAAUACCCAACUGACUGUCUGACUGACUGUCUGACUGAGGAGAAAGCCAAUGAAUACCCAACUGAUUGUCUGACUGACUGUCUGACUGAGGAGAAAGCCAAGGAAUACCCAACUGACUGUCUGGCUGACUGACUGUCUGAGGAGAAAGCCAAGGAAUACCCAACUGACUGACUGUCUGACAGAGGAGAAAGCCAAGGAAUACCCAACUGACUGACUGAGGAGAAAGCCAAGGAAUACCCAACUGACUGUCUGACUGACUGUCUGACUGAGGAGAAAGCCAAGGAAUACCCAACUGACUGUCUGACUGACUGUCUGACUGAGGAGAAAGCCAAGGAAUACCCAACUGACUGUCUGACUGAGGAGAAAGCCAAGGAAUACCCAACUGACUGUCUGACUGAGGAGAAAGCCAAGGAAUACCCAACUGACUGUCUGACUGAGGAGAAAGCCAAGGAAUACCCAACUGACUGACUGACUGAGGAGAAAUUAUUAUGACCACAGCAAUGUUACUGUAAUAGCUUAAAAAUGGUUGUAGAUAUAACGAAGACUUUUCAUUCAGUCCAUAAAGACAGGCAGAAAACGGAGAAUCCUGUUUUGUAACUUUUUGAAUACGAGACAAAUGUACACUUAUUCUGCUAGGCCACAUGUUAUCCCUCAUGUUCUCAUGGCAUCGCCUGACGCCUGCUACACAAAUCUCAUUGUAGUGUGGACUAAUGUGGCUGGAACACUUGACGUCAUUUUUCUGAGGAAUUGAACAACACAACAAACUUCUGACACGACACAACCACCAUUGUCUACACAAUCACAUCCUAUAUUCAUCAGAAACGGUACACUUCUGUGUUAAAUACAGUAGAACGUACAGUAUAACGUACAGUACACCCACGAAUGAGUCUUGGGUUCCGUCCCAAAUGACACCGUAUUCCCUAUAUAGUGCACUACUUUUAACCAGGGCCCACAGGGGUCCCAUGGGGGCUGGUCAAAAAUAGUGCACUAUAUAGGGAAUAUAGAGUGUUUUUUGGGGGGGCACGCAGGGCCCUGUACACAGAAAAAUGUUGAGAUCAUGUUAUAUAUGAUAUGGGUUACUGUAUGUACCAUAUAGAUGAUGCACCAUAUGUCUGGUAUUAUACAGUUCAUUCAGAAAGUAUUCACACCCUUUUGACUUUUUACACAUUUUGUGGAAUUAAAAUUAAUUUUAUUGUCCCUUUUCUUUUGUCAAUGAUCAAAUGUGAAAGUGGAAGAAGAAAUAAAUACAUAGAUACAUA